AACUAAUAUUCUAUGAGCGGAACAGGAUUGUUCAAAAUGGUGUUGCAACACCAAUUUGACGGCCUACUCGAAGUGAUGCCUGAAAAUCCCCGCAAAAAACUUCGAUUCACUUCUCGGCAUAUCGCUGCUGUCAAUCGAUAUCUAGAUGACAAAUAUUUUGAUCCAAAGGAAGAAAAAUGGUCAAAUCUUCAUCCCAAAUAUCGAAUAGUUUUGGAGAACUUGAUCCGCCAAACAGGGCCUCGACUGUCCCCUCAGGUGACACUUUUCCUGCCGAAUACGUUUAACGGAGCAUUUGCACCCAGGCAACCUUUCGGCCUACCAUCCUACUUCUACCACACUUGCAAAAAAGCCGAAUCAAUUACACAGGCGACACAUGCCAUGAAUCAAGAAUACACAGUUAAAAUGAAGAAUCUUAAUGAUCAAAUCGAUGCAUAUAUCUAUGAUACUCAUCUGGAUAUAUUAAAAGUAACAGAGAAACGUGGUGAUUAUUUGAAGAAUAUUCCUCAUGAUUUUGGAGAGCAUCCUGACAACCCGAGAAAUGGUCAAGACAAUCCCAAAAUAGAGCUAGAGCACAGAGAAAUCCUAUGGAACGGGCUCAAGGUUGUUCUAGAGAAUGGAAGGUUUUACGAGACAAGUACCACAGAAACCAACGUCGUCGAGAUAUUCCUGAAUGAUGAGCUUCUCAACGAUAAAUUAUACAUCCUCAAAGCAGAAUUCUUUGCUGCAUUUUAUGCUUCAGAAGAAGCAACCCAGAUAGAGGUCAUGGUACUAUUUGACAACUAUUUCAUGGCUGGAGGAACAAUUCAAUACGGGGAGAAGCUUGUUUGUCACCUUCAAGAGAUUCCUGGUACCUAUGGGACUACCAGUUUCUCUUGUAGUUCGGAUUUCAAGUCAAUGGUCAGGAAAUGUGGGCUGCCACCGAUUCCGAGAAUUGGAUCUCCUUGGAAUUCUGAUUUAAUGGAGAGCAUCGCUGAACUUCAACAGGCAAUUAUUCGCCUUGAAAAUCGAGUUUAUGAUAAAGAUUACAUCGGGAAGUAUACUCAUGAGAACGGAGGCUUCAUUGAAGCCUAUUGUGCUUCGUUGAAAAAUCUGUCCAAUACGUUGUAUCUUCUUGAAGAGGGUACAAUUGAACUUCCAGCACACUCGAAGAACUGGACUCCGCGAGAAAAGCUGGCUUACCUGUCGAAUUUUGCUCCCGAAAAAGAAAUGACGAGUUGUGAGAUUGGAAAACCAUGUGCGAGCUUUAAAAUGAUUAUUGGACUUGCUAAAUCGCUUCGGAAAAAUCCGUACAACUUUUCGUUUUCUGGAGAGCUUCUGGCCGAGUUCAGUUUUCAAAUCAGAAUGGCAAUGCUGUCAAUGUAUUUGGUGCUGGAACGAAAUCUACCAGAUGCUCCACAUGACAAUUCUCAAUUUGUCAUGACAACUCUGUCACAUUUCCGACGGCUGUAUAUUGACAAUGUGAAAAAAAUUUACCAGAUUUUUCCGCACUUUCCCGUUGAAAUGCGGCCGGUUGUACUGGAUGUCAUGUGUCAAAGAGCGACACCAGCGAAUUACCAGGAAAUUCUAGAGAUCUACAGCUAUGAGCCGGAUAUGGUCACCAAAAUGGUCCAAAAGUACCCAUAUAUUUUACUGUUCACACCACACGUCACUCGACCACCGAUAAAGCUUAUCAGAGAUUUUUCCGAGUACAUGGAGAAGGAAAUGAUGAGCAGUGAGCAAGCACAAAUGAGCCGAGUGGAUGUCAUUGUUUUGGAGGAAAAUGAGCCAGAUGGUCAGGAAUCCGGUGUAGAUUAUAUACUAGCUAGGAGCAAUAAGCGAGCUCGUGUGGAUUUUGAAAAAUUGGAUUUGCUGCUCGAAAGUAUAAUGCCAGAGGAAGCGCCGGCAAGGGACUACCGAAAAAAUACCUCUGAAGGACACCUUGCCGAAAUUUUUGGGCCAACGAAUAAUGAAGAAGCUGAAGAAGAGCCCUCACUACCAUCAUGCUCAUAUUCAACACCAAAACGAGUAAACCGCGCGAAACCAGCAUUGGACAGCCCGUCUGGAAAUUUAAGAACUGCAAACAAGGAUCAAGUGGAUUUACUCGAUAAUGUAAUGCAAAGAUCCGAGAAACGGCAGUGGAAAAUGUGAAUUUGGAUAGCACACGUGGUGUCAGGUUGUCCCAUGACGGUUUGAUCUACAAAAAAUGCGGGGAUUUUUUUUGCCCGGAAAAUGCGACGUCAGCACGUUCUUUUUUCCAUGCGAAAUCAGUCUUUUCUCUCGCAUUUUUUGUAGAUCUACGUAGAUCAAGUCGAAAUGAGACACUUUGACAGCACGUGUUAGUAUUUUCAAUUUUCGCCCAAAAUUUGAACCCCAGUGCCAUUAUCAAUUUGAUUAUCUGCUUUAAUUUCUGCAUACCACUGUCAAUCUCAUCAUUUUCCACAAAGUGUAGGGCUUCCAUGGUAGGCAGGCGUAGGCUGCCUGAAACCUGCCGACCUUUCGCCUUGAGACCAGGCAGGCAGGCGCCUUAAUGCCUACCUGGGAGCCCUACCGAAAUGUAUUCUUUUGCAAUUCAAUUUUUUUGAAAAUUCAUAAUUUAUUUAAUAACUUCCAUUGUACAUUGUAUUUAUUUCUUGCGAUCAUCUUUAAUUUUUUUUUUGCAACUUCAAGAAUAAUAAUAUUUAUUAUAAA